AUGUUUCUACAAGCACGCCUCUGGCCUGUACUCGAUCGUCUUCCCAUCGAUUGGGCCACAUUUGGUCGAUAUGGACGUCGAGGAUGGCAAUUCGCAGAUAAGGCAGACUCUCAUCUACGAUAUGGUCCAGUCUGGGCGCUUGUUACACCGGUGAAAGUCUAUAUUCAUGUUACUGAUGCUGAUGUGGCUUAUGAUAUGUUUAAUCGACGCAAGAAUUUUCCUAGUCCGAAACUGGCUGAGAUAUACGGGCCCUGUAUAUCGACUGCACACUGGACAGAAUGCGAACACCAUAGGAAGAUUGUUACGAGCCCAUUCAAUGAGAACACCAUGGAGUUUGUCUGGAAGGGGAGGUCGGAACAAGCACGCCAAAUAUUGAAUCGAUAG